CACACUCGCGGACGCUCUCUCACUCGCUCGCUCUCUCUUGCGCUUGCACGGAGCGAGGGGGGAACCGGGCAGGAAGAAUGAGGAAGAGGUCGCCGCGCUGCGCGCCUCGUCUCAGCUAGUGCGGGUCUGCUGAUGAAGCAGCGCUCCCGGUCAUCCGAUCAUACAGGUCACCCAGGUCGCGCUGCGUGGAAAGCAGGAGUCGGCAAGCAGCAGAGCGUAACAGCAACAAAUAAAAAACUGCCUGUGCAUGGGAAUCUGGACUUCUCUUCCCUCCUUUUGUGCGUCUCGGUCGGUGGAUACGCCGUCUUGGCUGGCGUAUAAGACCUCCCUGCGUCUCCAUUGCCAUUCCCUUCACUACUGGCUUACCUCUACUACCACUCCUCCUAUUACUCCUACUUGCUCUCCGACUUGCUGCUAUUACAAGAAGAAUAGUGCCGAUUUUCACUACAGACUCAUCUCCGGAUUGAGCACACUCGCACGAUUAAAAAAAAAAAGGUUGAACGUCCUCAUCAAUCGUGAGCUCGGAUCCCUGAUCUGGUCAACAUGGGCUGCUGGGGCCACUCCUCCCUCCUGUCCCCUGCCCUGAGGCUAAUAGUCGUUACAGUGAUCCUCCUCAUCGAACUCCACCCUUCACUGGCUGGCGCUCCCCCUGAGCCCAACUUGGGUGACUCUGUUUCUGCAGUGUCCAAAAACAAAACUGAAUGCAGCAAACCUGAACAGUGUGAAAAGGGGGUGCUCUUACCUAUAUGGGAACCCCGAAAUCCAUCCUUCGGUGACAAGGUCGCGCGGGCAACCGUGUACUUCGUGGCUCUGGUCUACAUGUUCCUGGGCGUGUCGAUUAUCGCAGACCGUUUCAUGGCAUCAAUAGAGGUCAUCACGUCACAAGAGAAAGAGAUCACUAUCAAGAAGCCCAAUGGAGAAACCACCACGACUACUGUCCGGAUCUGGAACGAGACGGUCUCCAAUCUCACCCUGAUGGCUCUGGGCUCCUCUGCUCCUGAAAUCCUUCUGUCCGUCAUCGAAGUCAUCGGUCAUGGGUUUGAAGCUGGCUCUCUGGGCCCCUCCACUAUUGUGGGUUCUGCAGCGUUCAACAUGUUUGUCAUCAUUGGGCUCUGUGUGUAUGUGGUGCCUGAUGGCGAGGUCAGGAGAGUCAAGCACCUCCGCGUCUUCUUUGUCACGGCCACCUGGAGUAUCUUCGCCUACAUUUGGCUCUACCUGAUCCUGUCGGUGAUCUCUCCUGGAGUCGUGCAGGUGUGGGAGGGCCUCCUCACGUUCUUCUUCUUUCCCGUCUGCGUCCUGUUCGCCUGGGUGGCUGACCGCCGCUUGCUGUUUUACAAGUACGUCUACAAGCGCUACCGCACUGGCAAGCAGCGUGGGAUGAUCAUUGAGACCGAGGGUGACCGUCCACUUCCUUCCAAGGUGGACAUUGAAAUGGAUGGAAAGAUGUUGAACUCUCAUGGUGUUGACUUCCUGGAUGGUCCACUUGGCUUGGAUCUAGAUGAGAAGGAUCUGGAUGAAGAGGAAACCCGUAGAGACAUGGCCAAGAUCCUGAAGGAGCUCAAACAGAAACACCCUGACAAGGAGGUGGAACAACUUAUUGAGCUUGCCAACUACCAAGUCUUGAGCCAGCAGCAGAAGAGUCGAGCUUUCUAUCGCUGCCAGGCCACACGGUUGAUGACGGGCGCCGGCAACAUCCUGAAGAAACAUGCUGCAGAUCAGGCACGAAAAGCAGUCAGCAUGCAUGAAGUUCGCUCUGACGCUGGCGACAACGAUCCCAUCUCCAAGAUCUUUUUUGAGCCUGGCUCUUACCAGUGUCUUGAGAACUGUGGCACAGUGGCUGUGAAUGUGGUGCGGCGAGGCGGCGACCUGGGCAAGACGGUUUCCGUGGAGUACCGGACAGAAGAUGGCACUGCCAACGCCGGCUCCGACUACGAGUUCACAGAGGGCGUCGUGGUGUUCAAGCCCGGCGAGAGUCUGAAGGAGAUCCGUGUGGGCAUCAUUGAUGACGACAUCUUUGAAGAAGAUGAAAACUUCCUUAUUCACAUCUCUAAUGUCAAGGUGUUGACAUCAGAAGGGGAGGAGCAAGAGGAAGCCGAAUCUGCGAAUCACAUGGACUCCGUAGCUUGUCUCGGCUUGCCGUCCACAGCGACCGUGACCAUUUUCGAUGAUGACCAUGCCGGUAUCUUUACGUUUGAGGAGCCAGUUUGCCAUGUCAGCGAGAGCGUUGGCAUCAUGGAGGUGAAGGUGCUGAGAACAUCUGGGGCUCGCGGUGUGGUCAUGCUGCCAUACAAGACAAUGGAGGGAACGGCACGUGGCGGCGGAGAGGACUUUGAAGACACUCAUGGCGUCCUUGAGUUUCAAAACGAUGAAAUCUUGAAGUCCAUAAUCGUUAGGAUCUUAGACCGGGAGGAGUACAAUAAGCAAUCCUCCUUCUACCUUCUGCUCGAAACCCCCCAGUGGAGACGCAGCGGGAAGGAAGAGACAGAGGAAAAAGAGGAAAAAAAGGAAGUGGAGGAGGAAGAGGAGCCGCUGACAGAAAAAGAUGAAGAGGACCGACGCAUAGCAGAAAUGGGCCGUCCCAUGCUGGGCGAUCAUGUUAAGUUGGAGGUCAUUAUCGAGGAAUCGUACGAGUUCAAGAACACAGUGGACAAGCUCAUAAAGAAAACCAACCUGGCCCUGCUGGUAGGAACCAACAGCUGGAGAGACCAGUUCAUAGAAGCCAUCACCGUCAGCGCAGGCGAGGACGACGACGACGAUGAGUGCGGGGAGGAAAAACUGCCGUCGUGCUUUGACUACGUCAUGCACUUCCUCACUGUCUUCUGGAAGGUUCUGUUUGCCUUCGUUCCCCCCACUGACUACUGGAGCGGCUGGGCCUGCUUUGUCGUGUCCAUCUGCAUGAUCGGACUGCUCACUGCCGUCAUUGGGGACCUGGCCUCUCAUUUUGGCUGCACAGUGGGCUUGAAAGACUCGGUCACAGCAGUUGUAUUUGUUGCGUUGGGAACAUCAGUGCCAGAUACGUUUGCCAGCAAAGUGGCUGCUAUUCAGGAUCAGUAUGCCGACGCGUCCAUCGGUAAUGUGACGGGCUCCAAUGCCGUCAAUGUUUUCCUGGGCAUCGGGGUGGCGUGGUCCAUCGCCGCCAUCUAUCGCCAGAGCAAGGGGGAAGUAUUCAGGGUGGAUCCCGGCAAGCUGGCUUUCUCCGUCACGCUCUUCACCAUAUUUGCCUUUAUCGCCGUCGGCACGCUGAUGUACCGACGGCGACCAGACAUCGGUGGAGAGCUGGGCGGGCCGCGGACUGCGAAGGUCCUGACCACCAUGCUGUUCGUCAGCCUGUGGCUCCUCUACAUCCUGUUCUCCUCACUGGAGGCCUACUGCCACAUCACAGGCUUUUAAGAUGGCGGGAAAUGACGAAGGGAAGGGUGUGAAAGAAGAAAAGUCAAGAAGGAAAAAAAAAAUCGGGGGAAGGUGGAUGAAUGGCUGAUUGUAGAAAUUAAGGUUGUCUCAUUGAUCCUUCACUCCCUCCCUUUCCGAAAUACAUUGAAUGAAGAAUGGACAGAAAUACAACUUGAAGGACCUGAAGACGCACUAAAGGAUCUAAAAACAGAAUGGAAGGAGGCACGGAUGCAUGGAAGGACGACAAUAAACCUGAGAAUUGUUGCAGCUAGAAAAAAAUCACUCUGAAGAUUGGUAUUUGAUGGGUAAAGGAAAAUAAAGGAAUUCAUUUUUUGCCUCACACUACAAAUCCAGACCUAUCAAAAGCUGUCUUAAACCAGCUCAUGUUUUAAACACGUAAAACAAAUCCCUAAAGUUGUAAACACAUACAUAUAUAUAGUAGUUAACACUCUGUUUCACCGCCGGUUCAACCACACAGAAAUCAAGACCAUGCUUGUAACAAGGAGCGGGAGAUUUAAGCAGAGCGUUGGCGCUCCAAGCUGUUGGUGUGUGAAUUAGUUAACACCAGUCACCUGAAGCCUCCCACCAGUUGGAAUAAUGCAUAUUCUGUGUCCAGCUACGAAACUGUCAGUAUGUGUGCAUGCACCAGACGAUACUGAAAACACGAUCAGACGAAAAGGGAUUCAUAGCCACAACUGUAAAAUGACAACAAACUGUGUGUGUGCUGGUGUGUGGCGGCGUGUUUCUGUGCUUGUGUGUUGUGGGGACGAUGGUCAAGUACUGUGAAAAACAAAAAAGAAAAAAACGCCUUUGUUUUUGCUGUUGCUGCGUGAGACUAAACGCGUAUUGGAGAUCUUCUCAACUCUUUAUCUCCCAGCUUGUAGAAAUGCUGAGUUGGACUCUUUUAACGGAGGGGCAUGUUCAGCGAGGCGAAAAAAGGGUUUCGACAUCCCUGUGGUCAAACGUGUAAAUACAAAGAGCUGAACGUACAUAGCGGCUCCACUGAUUUCUUUCUGAAUGUCUCGGUUAUGCCAUGCGCUCCUGAACGAGCCUUUCGUUCCGUUGCUUUAAACUGUAGAUGUAAAUGAUUUAAGGUCUUAUUUUAAUCAAGAAGGGAAUAGUGUGCUUUUACCUUUAAGGCCAUGUCUGAGAAGGCAAACUGGCCACUCUACCGUUUAAAACUGUUAGAAAAACUAAUCAUUGCAUUGAUAUCGAAAUUAGUCUUGUGUGCAUUUGUUUCAUGUAACUGUGGAAUUAUCGUAUGUAACCCUGAUUUUCCAUCACUGAGGUGGCCACUGCUAUCUUUGAGUAACACCACUGCAGUUCCCUUUGACAAAUGUAGAUACCUGCCUCUGUGAAAUUUGAUAGACAUUCUGCCAUCACCUCAUUUAAAGGCCGCUCGGUUGGCUCAACAGCUUCAGUUGGCACCCGUGUGUGUCCCCGGCUCCCUUCCCCGGCUGGUCAGUGGACCAAUCCAAAAUCCUUAAGGGCUUUGUAACAAACAACCACUAAUUCCCAACCCUGACCCUCGGUCUAUAAUUCUACACAUAGAUUAGUCAUUAGGGACCUGUAUAAUGAAGGCAUACAUUGUUAAAUCUCAUUCCUAAACCUCUUAGAUAAUAGGGCUUUGCUUUGUAAUGGAAUAAAAAAAAUAGAUUAGGUAAUAGCUACAUUUCUGCUUCAUAUUGCAACACCAAGUAUCCACAAUGGCCUAAAAAUUGAUCAAAACAACUUGCUGACCUAAAGUACUUGGCUGGAGCCUUUCCUUGCAGGAGCUUUUCCAAGUCUGAUUAAAAACUGCCUACAAAUACAACUUAGCUCCAUUUGAAAAAAUAAAAACCAUCCAUGCAUGAUCUUAUCCAGGCCCCCUCCUCUGAUAAAUGUCCAAAAUACUCUUCAGCCUGGAUCCUGACAGCCCUGCUCCCAAUAGAAGCACUUAACGUCUAACUUUUUUAUUUUUUUUCAAAACCUAGUCUUGAAUAAAGAAUCAUAAUGUAGUCUGUGUAAUUUAGUCCGUCAUGUCGAAAAUAAGAAUGACCAGCCAUUAUUCAGUCUUAACUUCAAAGCCAUCAAGAUUAAAGAAGAGCUGACGCGCAGACGUCUGCUGUUGGUACAGGAGUCGGCUCACACGCGUAUAGGUGUAAAUAACAUUGUACAGGCAUGGGCGUCUAACGGUGGGUCCAUCUUAUCUCAACCAUCUGACAAGCUCACAGAGGUUUGAUGAAAGUGGGUUAAUAACAGAAACAUAUUGAGAGAUCCUAUCUGAAUCAUGCGAUUGUGAGAAUAACACUCACUUGCAGCAGCUGUGAGCCCUGGACCAAAGAAGUGAGAUGAGCUUCAAAGUCAUUCUCUCAAUGGACAACCAGGCAGCUCAGUAGGAAUAAUAGUUUCAAAACAUGCAAUAUUAUUAGGUCAAAAGUGCUCCACUGAAUAUUGUGUUUUUUAGAACUGUUUAUUAUAAGUGCAUAAGUUCAAGGAAAUAAAAGUCAUUUUGGUUUCAGUAAGCAGCAGUAAUGUAAGUUGAAUGCAAACAGAGCCCUCAUGUGUUCAGGAACAUAAUUCCCCCACACUUCUGAUACAAGACCAAGUCAAAUAUAUCAUAAUUUCUCUUCUCAGUGGAUCUCAGUGCUCUUCUCACGAAACUUUGAGCCCGAAUUCAACCACAGGGGAACCAACUGCAGUAUUUUACAAAUAUUCGGCAGUUACUGAAAGGAAGUUUAAAGAGCACCAGGUGUGUCGUCUCUGCACAUCAGUGACCAAACAGGCUCACGUAAAAGCUUACUUUAGUUUAGCAAACUGUACAACACUAAAUUGUCCAAUGAGAUGUUGAAUUAACUACAAUUGUCUGCCAAAAUGGAAAAGUGGCAAAACAGAAAAUGGAGGCCAAAAGCAUGCAAGUCUUCAAGCCUACUGACCAUGAGGCAAGUCUAGACUUCAGACUGUUAACUAUCCUAUUGGAUCCACUUCAAAAAGAAAAAAGAGAACUAUAAGUUCAUGUAAGCGCUGAACAGCAGUGCUGUACGCAACAGAAUUGGAUAGAAUUUUGCUGCCUAAUAAUUAAAAAAAAAAAUCAAAUGUUAUAUACUAAAUAUUUUAACUGUCAUGUGUAAAGUUAGUAGUCUGAACUAGAUGUACUCUACUGUAAACCUGGCUGUAAUCUUGUCAUAGACCGCUUCUAACACCGAUAAGAGUAGAAACUAAGGAACCAGAGUAGAAACGACAUCACAAUGAAAAUUCGGUACUUGAUGCAGCAGAAGCUCAACAACAAGGAUCACUGCUCUGAUAAGUGCUUUACUGCUGCACUCACUUGUUGUGUUGCUGCUGGUGCACAAACAACAUGGCCGAUUAAGUUGUUUAUCUAGAGCUUUAGAAAAGCUCUAAUGAAAGUAAUCUUUUGACAGUUAAACAACAAUAAAAUAGUCAGAUGCUACAUUACUUGCAUUUUCCACACUGUAAAAUGAACCGCUCGACAUUAGAAUAGCUGUUCUCAUGAGAAAGCCUUGGAGUGGCAGUUUACCCCUGUUUUGCCAAAGGGAAAUCUUUCUAACAGAAACGUAUUAUGUGUUCCAGACUAUUAAGGGUUUUCCUACCGAUGAACCUUUCUUAAAACGCCAAAUAUUCAUAUUUCAUUACCAAUCUAAAAGAACGACACAGAAAAAAGCCCUAAUGCUUUUUUUAAUCUAACCAUAAUUUGAAUUUGUAUUUGUCUCUUCACUGGCAUGGAUCUGGAGGUUUAUACACUGUAAAAAUAGGGGCAAAAAUUAUGCUAGCUUGUGAAAAAAAAAAGAAAAAGAAAAAAAAAACUUUAUGAUAACUGCAUCACUUUUUGAGUAAAUUCAACAGGCAAUAAAUUAUCCUAACUGUUGCUAAAUCUUGUUGGGUUUACUAAAAAAAUGUGCCUGCUAAAAGUUGUUAGAGUAAACGUUCGAGUGAGAAGGAAUGAAAUGCUUGCAGUAAUGUUACCGUUUGAGUCAGUUAGUUGCUCAGUUUUACCAGAAGCAAACUUUUUUUUUUUUUUUUUUAAUGAAAGGUUACCUCCUUCGCUUCACCGCCAUCGUUCCGCUGACUCUCUGCAAAUUUACCAUGACUGAUCAUCUAGUCUGACAAGAAGCUAAAUGGCAGAUUGUUCACAGGCGGCUGUCCUGAGGGUUUGAACCGAGGUGGUUAAGCUAAACGGUGGCCAACUAAAUGUUUACUGCAAACCCAACUUGCAAAGAAACCUUUAAUUAGCUAACCAUUUAGCUUCCUGCCUUAGUUUGGACCUUAGUGAGGAGCCCAAUGGUGUUUUUCCAUUACAUGUUAUGAGACAGCACAGCUCGAUGAGGGUAGCAUGCAUUUUGUUUGCCGUUACACUUUGUAUAGUCUUUGGUGCCACAUCAACUUUCUGGGACAUAAACAACGGAGAUUGACUGUAAAGUUUUUGGUGUGUGAUUAAGAAGCCAACCUGUCUCAGGAUGAAAGCAGCUUAUGUGUAUAUAUACAUAUGUAUAUGUAUAUAUACAUAUAUAUAUUUAUAUAUAUAUAUAUAUAUUUAUAAGCAUAUAUAUAUUAAGUAGUAGGUCUCACAUUUGACACCUACUACUUAAAACUGCAGCCACCAAGAGCACUCCUGUUUGUUCAAACAUGUUGCAAAAGGAUAGGCUAACCCGGCGAGUAUGCCAAGACGAUUCUUUAUCCAGCAAAAGUUAUAUCACUGAUGCGUUAGGUCAAACCAAACAAAAAAAGAGCUGUCAUGUAGUGGAAAAACAAUGUGAGGUUAUCGAGGCAACUGCUUUCCCCAAGAUUCACCAAGAAGCAGAAAAACGAGCUGUACAUUGCUUUGUGAGGAAGCUGAGAGGCUUUCAAAAUGAGAUUGCAAAAAGGAUUGCACUGGUUCUUGUGGCUUCUAUGAAAAAGCUAUGACGUUUUAUUAACAAAGUUGCUUCUGAUGUAAAUUUGUUUAGUUUUUUUUAUUCUGAUUUACACAGUAAAAAAAAGAAAAAAGGGAAAAAAGGAAAUUAAUAUUAAUCGAGUGGUGUUGAAUUGGAUAUGAACCUUUAAUGAUGUUGCUUCUUAUGUAAAAGUGGACACGUCUGUGUUGCAUUACUCACUCCUUGACAGACUGAGGAAUAAACGCAACACUAGACAAACAAAUAAGGGUAAACGAGACAAAAACCUCUGCUGGUACAUGUUAAGUGAAAAUGUGCUGCCGUGGAAAGAAAAAAAAACUUACCAGAGCUAUUCUUUACCCUUAAACUAACAUUUAACAAGUACAAUGUAAAAGGAUGCUAACAAAGAGAAGAUGGAGGAAAAGGAAUGCGAGGAGGAGGAGAUAAUUUAAAAAAAAAGAAUUAAAAAAAAAUCGAACUUACAGCCAUACUUUGAUUUCUGGGUCAGAGACAUGAAAUGGAGUCCUCCUGCCCAGCAUGUGUAUUGUUAUGGUGUCUUAUCUGUCCCUCUGUCUUUUCACCCGCUCUCUUUCUGAGUUUCUUCUCCUGCCAAAGUAACCAAAACAGGCAGUGAUCCUUUUUCCUGUACUUUCUACCCAGUCCCCUUUUUACCCUCCGUCUCUCUCUCUCUAUGCCAUGUUUUCCAUAUUUUUGGAAUGUCAAUGUGCUACUUGUUGACACUGUGCAUGAAUGAUAACAUGUCUGUAUAUAGUUAUAGAGAAUUGUAUCCCAUUCCCAUGAUGUUGACAAGAAAAAAAAAAGGUUUGAAUGUUGUACAGAUUCAGGUAUUCAGUUAAUCUUUUCUUCUGUUUGGUUACAUUUUGUGUGUAGAGCUUAACGAGAUUUUUAAUUUAAACAAAGCUGCGAAGCAUCUUGUUUUGAAGUAAUUGCACAUUACUGAUUAAUUUUCUUUUUUGUCGUUAAAAAAGGCAAUAUCUGCUGUUAUUGAAUGAGAGAUGAGAUCUUAAAGGAGUUAUGUAUCUUAAAUGAAUAAUCUAUAUGGGAGUUGCAUGGGCUAUUUGUACAAAAAAAAGACACUGCUUGCUACUUCUAAUACCGUGGCUGUAUUCUCUGAUGGAGGAUGAGGAAUACUGUAUGUAUAUCUAAAGGUUAUUUUGUCAUUAAAGAAAUAAUAUUGUGUAUAUACUGUACAGUGUUGUCAGUGAGGUGGACUAUAUAGCCAUCACGCUAACCAUAGAGAAAUAAUUCUACAUAUUUAUUUAAAGGAAACACUCACUACACUCAAGAAUGACAUAUAUUGCCUUUUUGGAGAAGUUUAAAACUAGUCUGUUUAUCUCUGCCUUGCUUCUCUUCUCCUUCAUUCACUUUCUACUUCUCCAGUUGGUUUAUUUUAUCUCUUAAUCCUCCCAUAUCGUCCAGUGCUUAUAUUCAUCCGCUGAAGGGGCGUUUCUGCAAGAGUUUGUCAGCCUUUCCAGUUCUUUCAAACAGAAACCCUGUAUCCACCCAUUUUCUGUCUAGCAGGUCAAUUUCUAUAGUUACACACAGUAUAUUUGCAUGUGUCCUCAUCAAACUCUCUAGGGAUCAUUUGUCUGUAUUUAAGUCCCCAUCUGCUUGAAUCUGAACCUUCUGUCAUUUUUCUUAGUUGGUAAAUCCCUCUUUUCAUCUUUUAUUUAAAUCCUUUCUUCUCUCCAAUACAUCUUUCUCAACUUCUGCACUCCUUAACCCGCAUUUUCUUUCUCAGCUCUAACAGGGUGUAGUGGGUAAUUUUGUUAUUAAUGAUUUGGUGCAUUUUAAAAAACCUUUUUUUUUAAUGGAACAAUAACUACAACCGUUAUGUUUGUGAUAAUGAUUUCUGCUCUAUGCUUUGACUUUUUAAAUUAUUUGUGGCUGCUUUUCUCCAUCGGCAUGUAUGGCUCAAUAUUUUGUUUUUCUCUUUUUCUUUUCUUUUGUUGUUGAACACCAACUGGUAGGCAGAAAGUUGUUAUAUGUGUGUCGCCACUAACUGUGACUGCUCUCCAUGGUACAUGGUACUUCUGAUAAAACCAGUAAAAUAAAGUUUGGAAUACCCUGUUUCAGAGA